GAACGCCUUGGGCUCCCCCCGGAGGAGCUGGAGGAGGUGUCUGGAGAGAGGGACGUCUGGGGGUCUCUGCUGAGUCUGCUGCCCCCGCGACCCGGUCCCGGAUAAGCGGAAGAGUACGAGUACCUCUCAGAUAAAACAAUAGAACUGUCCCUUUAAACAUCUCCAAUGACGGGCUUUAGGACCCAGCCGCUGCAGGCAGCUCAGACAAUAGAAAAAUUAUGGCUGGUUUUACCUGAGAGCUUCGUGGAGCAGCUUUAACCAGAAAACAUGGUGUAAUAGAACUGAGCCCAUGUUUUGGUGUCACUAAUUGGUUUGGAUCCGCUCAGCAGGAAGCUCGGCUGCUGAUGGAGCACAUCCGACUACCGAAGGUGGAGAAUGUCAGGCUGUUGGACAGAGUGUCCCCCAGAAAGAGCAGGGUGGGCACCCUCUACCUGACGGCCACCCACAGCAUCUUUGUGGAGAGCGAAGCAGGAGGCCGCAGUGAGACAUGGGUGCUUCAUAGUUUGGUGUCCAGCGUUGACAAACAAGCUGCCAACGCCUCAGGGUGUCCUCUGCUCAUCCGCUGCAAGAACUUCCAGAUUCUUCAUUUCAGCAUCCCCAGAGAGCAGGAUUGUCAUGAUGUCUACCUGUCUAUGCAGCGGCUCUCCCAGGCAGAGUGUUACGAGGAGCUGUACUGCUUCUCCUAUAAGCCAAGCAUCGAUGAAGAGGAGAGGCGACGGGAAUGGGCCUUCGUGGACCUCAAGUCGGAUUACCGCCGUAUGGGACUUCCAAACUCUCUGUGGAAACUCUCCCCGGUCAACCAACACUAUAAGGUGAGCGAUACUUACCCUGACGAGCUGUUUGUACCCGAGUCUGCCACUCACCCCAUCCUGGUUGGAAGUUCCAAGUUCAGAAGCAGGGGCAGAUUCCCUGCCCUGUCAUAUUACUCCAAAGAAAACCAUGCUGCCAUCUGCCGCAGCAGCCAGCCGCUGUCAGGUUUCAGUGCUCGCUGCCUGGAGGAUGAGCAGAUGCUGGAGGCUACUUUGAAGUCCAAUCCCCGCAGUGACUUCAUGUAUGUGGUGGACACCAGGCCUAAGUUAAAUGCAAUAGCGAACAGAGCUGCAGGAAAAGGCUAUGAGAACGAAGAUAACUACUCCAACAUAAAAUUCCAGUUCAUGGGCAUUGAAAACAUCCACGUCAUGAGAAACAGCCAACAGAAAAUGCUGGAAGUGUGCGAGCUUCGUUCCCCCUCCAUGUCCGACUUCCUGGAGGGUUUGGAGAGCUCAGGCUGGCUGAAGCACAUCAAAGCUGUUUUGGAUACCGGUGUCUUCAUCGCCAAGGCUGUUGCAGAAGGUGUGAGUGUCCUGGUUCACUGUUCAGACGGGUGGGACCGUACUGCCCAGGUGUGUUCGGUGGCCUGUGUGCUUCUGGAUCCCUACUACAGGACCCUGAAAGGACUCAUGGUCCUCAUUGAAAAAGACUGGGUCUCAUUUGGACACAAGUUCACUCAGAGAUGCAACCACUUGGUUAGAGAUUCCAAAGAGGUGUCUCCAAUCAUCGAUCAGUUCCUGGAGUGUGUUUGGCAGCUGAUGGAGCAGUUCCCCUGUGCCUUUGAAUACAAUGAGAGGCUCCUGAUCACUGUUCACAACCACAUCUACUCCUGUCAGUUUGGAAAUUUCAUUGGCAACAACCAGCGGGAGAGAAAGGAGCUAAGAGUGCAUGAAAGGACUCACUCUUUGUGGAGUUAUCUUUGGACGAACCGUGCAGAGUUCAUCAACCCCCUGUACAGACAGAACCACAGCCAGUCUCAAGGACUCCUCCGACCAUCUACCGCCCCCUACUGUUUUAAAUUUUGGAGAGGGCUAUACAACCACUUUGACUGUGGGAUGCACCCCCGACAGUCUGUAGAAGAUUACUUAAGGGUCAUCCGAGAAGAGACACAGCAGCUGGAGGAACAGCUGGAUUCCCACAAGCAGAAAAUAGCCCAGCUGGAGCAGGAGCAGGGUUGGAGUGAUGCCUGCGCAGAAGCCAUCUUUGAUAAGAGCCCAACAGUGUGGGUUUUUGGGAAGAACCUUGCAUUGGCCAACACUCCUCAAGACUACACCGGCAGCUUCCUUACCAGCAGCCCCUGCACUCCCAAAGCACCAGGUAGUCCACUGAUCCUCCCGCCACAGGAUUCAAACCAAACAGUGGACUCAAACCUCUCCAACAGCAGCGACCAGGAGUCCGGGAUUGCAGAUCUGAGCUGCCGCUCCCCUCUCAGUGAGGACAGCACCAGGGACCCGGACUCAGAUGAGGCAGCCUACUCUGCUGCCUGAGCAAAUGUAGCAUGUCGAGUUGACAACACUGAACUAGGACUAUAUCACAUGUAGCAGAUUAAUAAGAUAUUAGAUGGUUGCACAUCUAACUUACAUUACAGAUUACACCUAUUGUGGGAAAACAGGGUUUCUACAAACCCAAAACUGUAGUUGACCCUGUUUCUCAUCAUCCAUCUAUAGAGACACUCUGUAGCCAAAGAAAUGGAAAAAUAAAAUAUUUUUAAACAGG